AUGGUAAAACUUCGUUUGAAACGAUGUGGUAGAAAGCAACGAGCCAUCUACCGAAUCGUUGCAAUUGAUGUUCGAUCCCGAAGAGAAGGAAGAGAUCUUAGAAAAGUAGGUUUUUACGAUCCGAUAAAGAAUCAAACUUAUUUAAAUGUUCCUCUUAUUCUAUAUUUCCUUGAAAAAGGUGCUCAACCUACGGGAACUGUUUGUGAUAUUUUAAGGAAGGCAGAAUUAUUUCAAGAAAGAACUUCGAUUCGAGUUAAUUAA